CUCAAGCUGGCUGCUGCAGAAGUUUGGCUUGAUGAAAGUUCAGAGCGCGGAAGUGAAGAGAAACUUUCGCAUGAAUCAGUGCAAGAGAGCGACACUUUCCGCGUUUGAGUGUGAAUACGGAUUAUAACGAUGACACGGAUGCGCCAGUGUUUCUGAGGAAAUACCGAGUUGCAUUGUUUUGUGAGGCUUUAUUUCAGGUCUGAUUAUGGGGUUGCCGACUCUAGAGUUCAGUGACUCUUUUGUGGACAGUCCGGACUUUAGAGAGAGACUCAAAUGUCACGAGAUCGAGCUGGAUCGAACGAACACGUUCAUCAAAGAGCUGAUUAAAGAUGGACACCAGCUGAUCUGCGCGCUCAAGAACCUCUCGGCAGCCGUGCAGAAGUUCUCCCAGUCGUUACAGGAGUUCCAGUUUGAGUGUAUUGGUGACGCAGAAACGGAUGAUGAAGUCAACAUUGCUCAGUCCUUCAAAGAGUUUUCCCAGUUGCUGAACACCAUGGAAGAGGAGAGAAGGCGGCUGAUACAGAAUGCUGAUGAUGUUCUGAUCACACCCUUGGAGAGAUUCCGGAAAGAGCAGAUCGGAGCAGCCAAGGAGGGGAAGAAGAAAUUUGACAAGGAGGCAGAAAAGUACUACUCCUCACUGGAAAAACAUCUCAACCUGUCGUCCAGAAAAAAAGAAUCAGCUCUCCAAGAGGCUGACGCUCAGAUUGAUAAGGAAAGGCAACUCUUUCAUGACGCCUCUCUAGAAUACGUCUUCAAAAUCCAGGAGGUUCAAGAGAAGAAGAAAUUUGAAUUUGUCGAGCCGCUCUUGGCCUUCCUACAGGGUCUGUUCACAUUCUACCAUGAGGGUUAUGAGCUGGCCCACGAUUUUGAGCCCUACAAACAACAGCUACAGUUUAACCUGCAGAAUACAAGAAACAACUUUCUGAGCACCAAGCAAGAAGUAGAAAAGCUGAUGAACAGAGUUCGAUCUGCAGAUCAAGACCAGAAGCCCCCAGGCCAGUGGACAAUGGAAAGCUACCUCUAUGUCCAGGAGAAACGGCCUUUGGGUUGCGCAUGGACACGACAUUAUUGUACAUACGAAAAAGGCAGCAACACUUUCAGCAUGUGCAACACAGAGGCAAAACCCACAGCUAAACAGAAUGGUGUCAUGUCAAAUCCCACAGAGAAGUUCAGACUGAAGUCCUGUAUCAGGAGGAAGACUGACUCGAUUGAUAAGCGCUUCUGUUUUGAUACUGAGGUGGUUGAAAGGCAUGGCAUUAUCACGCUACAAGCGCUGUCUGCGUCCAACAGGAGACUCUGGCUGGAAGCUAUGGAUGGCAAAGAGCCGAUCUACAACCUUCCUGCUAUUCUGAGUAAGAAAGAGGAGACAUGUUUAAACGAAGCUGGCUUUAAUUUUGUGAGGAAGUGUAUACAGCUGGUGGAGGUGAGAGGGCUCAACACUAUGGGUUUGUACAGAGUCGGUGGAAUAAACUCAAAAGUUCAGAAACUCAUGACCACAGUAUUCUCACCCAAAGCAGCGUCAGAUAUGGAUCUUGACCCAGAUACCUGGGACAACAAGACCAUCACCAGCGGCCUCAAGAAUUACCUCAGGUGUCUUUCUGAGCCUCUCAUGACAUACAAGCUCCACUCAGACUUCCUCUUGGCUGUCAAAUCUGAUGAUCAGAACUACAGAGUGUGUGCAGUUCACACACUGGUGCAUAAACUACCUGACAAAAACAAAGAGAUGCUGGAGAUAUUAAUCAAACAUCUACUCAAUGUGUCCACUCACAGUGAGAGUAACAUGAUGACCGUGUCCAAUCUGGGAGUGAUCUUUGGCCCUACGCUUAUGCGCUCACAGGAGGAAACCGUUGCCGCUAUGAUGAACAUCAAAUUCCAAAACAUCGUGGUAGAAAUUCUCAUUGAAAAUUUUGAGAAGAUAUUUCAUCAGGCGCCGGACCCUAAUGUUCCCCUGCCGCAGCCUCAGUCUCGUCCGGGGUCUCGCAGGAGCAGAGCCAUCUGCCUCUCGUCUGGACCACGCAAACCCAAGAGCCUCUACACACCCUCAAUGUGCCUGGCAGACGCAGACAGUGACACGUUCAGCAGCAGUUCAGGCAGCACUCCAAUCGGCAGCAUGGACUCCCUCUCCUCCCACUCCUCAGAGCAGAACAGCUCCUCCAAAACCUGCUCCUCUCCAAAGCCCAAAGACAAGCCCCCUUUCCCCGGCCUGCGGCGGACCCCUUCCUCCCUGUCCUCCAGCGAGCCCCAGGGCCCCACCUGCACCAGCAGUCCAGACUCCAGCUCCAGAGAGGACACGGGCCGUGUGGAUUGGGACGACUCCUGUAGGAGGAACUCCGGCUCAGCAGCUGCCAGAUCUUCACCAGCACCCACAAAGGCUCCUCACUCUGAAGUAGGAAUCAAAUCAGCACAGCUUAACCGCUCGAGUGCCCCAUCUUUACACAUCACAGAAGGUCGUAAGAGCUGUGUGGGGUCUUUACAGAAUCUAGCAUGUGUGGUGCAUAAAGACGGCAUCAGAUCCACAGCCUACCAUGAUCUGCCACCUAAAACGAUCCUGCGCCGAAAGCUGGACAACAACAGCUCUACCAAUGGCUAUCAGAGACCAGGAUCAGUGGUGGCUGCCAGAGCGCUGCUUUUUGAGAACCCAUCAGCUGUAAAACCUCCUCCCUUGGGAAGAGAUGCCAAAGCCAUAUAUUCAUGUGAAGCAGAGCACAGCAAUGAGCUGAGCUUCCCACAGGGGGCCCACUUCUCCAACGUGUAUCCUUCAGUGGAACCGGGCUGGCUCCAGGCAACAUUUGAGGGCAAAACAGGCCUCGUUCCUGAAAAUUAUGUGGUGUUCCUCUCAAGAUAGGAAUCGUUCAACCAGGAGGGGGCCAAGCAUUUCAUGGUAUCCAUGGCAACAUCAACUUUAGACCAAGGGCUUUAAAUAUAUAUCAAUCGUUGACGGAUAUGCAAGUGGACUGUGCCAUUAAUAUGACAUUGAACCUUAAGAGAUAAUGGACGGUACACAAACCUCAAUGAUGCAGCACAAGGGUGAUUCAUGUCUAAAAAGCAGCUGUAAUUCUAGACAAAUGGGUUCCAAAGCUUUUGCUGAGGCAGAAAUGUUGAAAUUGGCAUCAUGUGCUGCUUGAGUCUAGAUACACAGAUUCACAUACACUGAGACCACGUGGUGUGAUGGACUGCACGAAAUGCUGUUUUUAGGUCUACUAUGUGGUGGAAUACUGUAAUUCUGUUAAGAAAGAUCAGCUUAGACAGGCUUUCUUUUAUUUUAGCUCAAUGCUUACUGCCUUGAAAUGAAGGAGAAUAAUGUUAAACCUCAGCAGUAACUAUUUGAGCUGUGAAUCACUGUCAAUUCAGCAGUACCCAAACUCUGAUGUGCGUGGUUUAUUUCAUCAUGAAUGUACUUACUUUUACUGUCAUUAAUGUUCAAAAGUCUGAAACCGCAUUGUUUGGAUUCUGAACAUUUUAAACAGAGAAACUAUAAGAAAAUGAAUUUCUGCAAUAUGUCUAGGUGACUAAUCAAUUAAGAUUAGGUUUUCAAGUAAAUUGUGACAUUUACCACAUGGUCAGAUUUCCAGCUUAACACUGAAGCUCAAGAUGCUCUUAGGAACAUCUUUAAAUCAUGCUGGAGAACAUGAUCAUCAGGUUUAGUUAUGCAGCUUGAGUGCUGCUGACAUUAAAGGGACAAACAAUAUAUAUAUUUACAUAUUUUCAGUUAUAAUAUUCAUAUUCAUCACAUUAUGCUGUUAAUAAAAUGUGUUUUGUAUGUUAUUGACAAAUAGAAUUCUACAUGCACUACUGGAAUCAGCCAUUUAAGCACAAAUGUUUGGUGGAAACGUUCCAGUUUUGUGCUGAAAUAUUAGCACCCCCGGAACACUGCUUAUUCAAUAACAUCAGAGGAACGCAACUGAGUGUUCCAGUUAUUUAUAUUUUAAAUGUCUAAUAUUCUAAUCUCUGGUUUAGAGAAUGAGAUAGCAAUGGAUCAUGUCUCAGUUUUGCAUCCAGGUCACUGCAGAAUGUCAAGUAAAAUUCAGUCUUUACAAAUACUAAUCAAGUCUAGCUGUAGCAGCGUCAUUGUACAUGAUGUUCAGGUCACAUUAUUCCUUCUGAAGUUUAAGAUGACACCAACUGUCAGUGUCAACAACACCAAUAUGGUACGUCUUAUUGUCUCCAUAAUUAAAUAUUAUGAAUAUGAGAAUAGAAGUUUAUAUAUGGAUAAUUAUUUUGUAACUCAUAUUUUUCUUCUUAAUUCCUUUUUUUUU